AUGGAAAGUAUGAACAGCGUGAGCCAAGCUAUCCACCGGCUCUUGAAGGACAACAACCUGAUCCACAGUCAAGAAUUUUCCGAUCCCAUACUAGCUCAAUUUACCCUUCUGUGCCUCGUUAUGAGAAACCACCAGUCUUCCAAGACUUCCGACAUGACCCUUAUACUGAUCUCCCUCCUUGCAACGAGCCAAACGAGAAACUUGAACCAUCAGCAGUUAUCAAUAAGGCUACGGAUAACCUAG